GGCCGUUCAAGGUCGUUGAAACGAAAGGGCAGAAAGAUUCGAACGGCUCUAACGUGCCCUCGUACCUGGUUACAGUCUAUUAUUCUAUAUUGCGAAUCCCAUUCCCAGUAAUAGUCUCAUUCUUCAACUGCUUGAAAAAUUCUGGCUUAUCUGUUCGGGGGCUCAGUUCCCGGUUCAAUGCAGCAUGGCUCUACAGACUGCAUUAAAGCAUUUAAAUAAACUUCAUCGAUAGAUCAGACAAGAUGUUACGUAGUUUCUCGCGAUUUGGAUCUGAUAAAUGUACUCGCUUUCUCUACACGUCUUGUUAUGUUAAUACACCUAAAAUUCAACCAAGCAAAUCCUCACAGUUACUGAAGUCAUAUUUUGAACUUGGACGAUUCGCUAGACCAACAGGCACGUGGCUGUUAUACCUUCCUUGCACGUGGAGCAUUGCUCUAGCUGCACCACCGGGUCACUUUCCCGACAUUUAUAUGCUAACCCUAUUUGGUGUUGGCUCCAUUUUGAUGCGAAGUGCCGGUUGUACAAUAAAUGAUAUGUGGGAUAAAAAAUACGACAUGCUUGUCAAACGCACAAAGGAUCGUCCACUAGCUUCGGGUUCACUAACCUUUCCCCAGGCUUUAUUGUUUCUUGGUGCUCAGCUAGCGACUUCGCUUGUAAUAUUAUUGCAAUUGAACUGGUACAGUGUAUUUCUUGGUAUCCUGUCAUUGGUUCCUGUCAUCACGUAUCCUCUGUUUAAACGUAUUACUUACUGGCCGCAGCUUGUACUUGGCUUAACAUUGAACUGGGGUGUUUGGCUUGGGUAUUCUGCUAUAAAUGGUUUUUGCCUUUUCUCCGUGUGCACUCCUUUGUAUUUAGCUGCAGUGUGUUGGACAUGCACGUACGAUACCAUAUAUUCUCAUCAAGUCUUACAUUCAACUGGGGUGCUUUGCUGGGUUAUUCUGCUGUCACAGGUUCUGUUGACCCUCUGAUUUCAAUUCCUCUGUAUUUUGGUGGCUUCAAUUGGACAAUUAUAUACGACACAAUCUAUGCACAUCAGGUUUGUGCUCAUAGCUUGCUUUAAAGUUUGCUAUUUUAUGUUGAAUCUAUAACGAGGGUUUCUAUUUUAGGAUAUCGACGAUGACAUCCGUAUAGGCGUAAAAUCAACUGCAAUUUUGUUUGGAGAAAAAACGAAAUUAUAUUUGGGCGCUUUUCACAUGGGAAUGACAGUGUGUCUCCUCACUGUUGGAAUUAACGCAAAUGCUGGUUGUCUAUAUUACCUUGGGACCUUCCUUACAAUGUUUCAUAUUGCUCAUUUAAUAAGGAAGACGGACCUAAAGAAUCCCAAUUCUUGUUGGCAGACCUUUAAAGAUAGUAAAAAAACUGGUCUUUUGUAUUUUCUUACCAUUGUACUGGACAAAAUAUCACUAUAAGUUUAUUGUUCUUCUAAAUAAUAAAAUUAACCUUUUGUAAAUAUUUUUGGGUUUUCAGCUGACUGUUAUACAUUGGUUUCCAUUCUCAAUAAAAUCUAUUACUUUUAAAAUUACUUAUAUAAUUAAACUAAUUAUCUGACAUAGACGUAUGAUAUUUAUGAUAAUUGUGUCUACUUUCUCUACAAAGAAUUCUUUUAAACGGGAAUAAGUUUUAACAGAGUGUUUAUUGUAAAUUUUGAUACACCGUCAACUGGCAAAUGUUUUGUUACAAAUAGUUGAAAAUCUAACUGUCAAGCUCUCUAAACGAAAAAUCAUACAGUUCUAACCCAAGUAAAAAGCUACUCAAUAAA